AUGUAUAAACAUUCGAACAUCUCGCGCCGUAUAGACACGCUGUUUCCGUUACUAGACGUCAAGGCGCUGGCCGCUAUCAAACCCUAUGCGAAAACCUUGGAAAUAGCCGAAACGAAAUCAGAUAUUCUACAGUACGAGACCUGUAUCGAGUAUCUGUCGGAAACGGGAGAGAACCACGAAGAAAUGAACGAGACCGUUGUCGCUACCAGGUUCCGGAGGGGACUCGAAAAAUUGCGUCAGCGGGGUUUGGUCGAUGCCACGGGAAUGGGACAUUUUAAGGCCUCGUCUACAAAAGAGGGAUAUCCGAUCGUAAGCGUAAUGGACGGCGACCCGAACACAUAUUGGCAAAGUGACGGGUCUCAGCCGCAUACAAUUGACGUUUAUUUUAGCAAAAGGGUUGAAAUAGCUUGCAUCGCACUCUUCUUUUCGCUUUUCCUCGAUGAGUCGUACUCACCGCAGAUUUUCGAGAUUUACGCAGGACAUGGACCCUCAGACGCCACACACUACAAAACUUUGCAUAUCGGAGAAAUAAAUCAAUGGAUUGCGCUUUCUUUCGAGGACAGUCGACCUGAUGAUCGUCUUUUGAUGUGUCAAUUCAUAAGGUUUGUCAUACCGACAAACCACGAGAACGGGAAAGACACGCAUCUCCGCGGACUCAAACUUUUUGCCGCAUCUGCUGGUGAUCCAUUGCAAGCGUUAGACAUACGAAGACCAGAUCUUACCAUCUCUCUCAAUGAAACGGUGCUUCGAUGA